AUGUCUAGAAGUUGGAUUGAUAACUCAAGGGAACCAUCUUUUAGGGUAUCUACACUAUACAUACAGGAGGUCAACAAUUUUCUAGACUAUGCAUUUUCUAAUGCAGCUAUAGGGGAUGAGAUCUUAUGCCCAUGUGUAAAGUGCAUAAAUCAAUUAUGGAAGACUCGAGACGAAGUCUUUGAACAUCUGAUAUGUGAUGGAUUUUUAAGGAGUUAUACAAUUUGGAGUUUCCAUGGGGAAGAUGUAUCUUCACACACACCUCCCCUUGUAAGUCCUAUCCUACAUGAUGAAGGUGAUAUGGAUGAUGGAACACGUAACAUGUUAUCUGAGAUGUGGAGAAGAAAUGUACAUGAAGGACAUGGGGAUGGUGCCACCAGUGAACAAACAAAGGGGCGGAGUGUCGAGGCAGAGAAGUUUGAUCAGUUGUUGGAAGAUGCGGAGAAGGAGUUGUAUCCAGGAAGCAUUAAAUUUACCAAGUUGUCAUUCCUUAUUCGGCUUUAUCAUAUAAAAUGCCUAUGUAAGUUGAGCGACAAAGCAUUCUCAAUGUUGCUUGACUUAUUGAAAGAGGCAUUUCCUGAGCCGAAUUCAUUGCCGAAAACUUUGUACGAAGCAAAAAAGAUUGUAAAGGAUUUGGGACUCACUUACAAUAAGAUUGAUGCUUGUAAAAAUGAUUGUAUGUUGUAUUGGAAAGAGGCAACCAAUGCUAAGUUUUGUUACAAAUGUGGCACAUCAAGAUAUACAUCAGAGGACAAAAAAAUCCCGAUUAAGAUAUUACGUCAUUUCCCUUUGAUUCCAAGGUUGCAAAGGUUAUACAUGUCGUCCAAAAUCGCAUCUAAAACGCGAUGGCAUCAAAAACAACGUACAGAUGACAAGAGGUUAUGA